AACGAAAAAUAAAAGCAUUUUUCGGCGUCUUUCCAGCAGACGAAGUGAAACAGUUUGGUUUGCCCGGUAAAAGUGCUUAUUUUGCGGAAAAUAUCGAUCUAAGAACUCUCGUGCUUGUGGAAAACGGACGCACAAAAUGUCCAAUCUUGACGAUCAGUACAACACUUUCAUGGAGGAGCUGGAACAGAAGCCAGACAUCCGCAAGCUAGGAUUCCACCAUGACGACGAGGACGACGACGAUCCGAUGCGAGACGUCAGAGCGAUGGCGGAGGCCGACCGGCGAAGUAAUCGUCGAAUUAAGAAUCCGGUGGCGUUUGCUCCUAGGCCAAUGGAUGAUGAUGACGGCGUGCCUGGUGAGCGGAUGGAAAUGGACGAUGCCGCUGGUCCAAUAACGGAACUCAAUCCGAACGACAUGAACCGCAAGGUGUUGGUUAUGCGAAGCGGCGAGAUGGACAUUGCCUUGGAACCGGAAAAGGCCUUGGUUUAUACGUGUUUCAAUACGACUUACGACAGGGCUUCGCUUAAUCGGGCCGACGUUUGGCAUCAGAUUAUGGUGCAUCACGAGGGCAAGUAUGGGAAGGAGGAAGUUUUGGAAGCGCUUUUCACGGUUAUCAGCACGGAUGAUUUCUACCCGGUGGCCUACCGGCAGCAUACGAACCUCGAUUACUUCCUGGUGCGGCUUUGCAGCAAGGCGCUGGUAAAGCUGUUCGAUAAGAAUUUGAAGCUGCCGAUGCCGGGUUCGUCGGAUCCGUUGAAGCUGACGGUAAAGCUGAACAUUGCCAAGUAUAUUCAGGGGCAGCUCUAUCCGAAUGGAAAGAUUUUUUCGGCGGUGGCCGAGCGAUGCGACAAUGCUGGAUUGUAUGGGUUCUCGAACAUGUUGAACCUGGACAGCUUCCGGAAUCACGGAGACUUUGAGGAACUGUGUGUCUUCUUGGGAAACCGAGCCCAUCUGGAACUUGUCUGCAGCUCGAUCAAUCGAUUGGACGAGAUUCGGGCCAAGAUCAAUGCGAUCAAGCUGACCAACAACAGUAUUGCGCACAUUUCUCCGCUGGUGGCCAUUAAGGAUCUGCCCAUCCAGACGUUGGAUUUGCGCUUCAACCGGAUUAAGCAUCCGGCUUCGCUGCGACCACUGAAGGGCUGCGGCAUCAACGAGCUGUACAUCGAGGGCAACGGGAUUGUCGAUGUGCCCGGCUACAUGGAUGUUCUGAAGGAGUAUUUCCCGCAUAUAAUCAAAAUCGACAGCACAUUCCUCGGAGCAAAGCAGAGAAAGCAACAGAAGGUGGUGGCAGCCGCUAAUCGUGUCGGUGGAGAUGACGAGGUGGAAGUCACGUCCACUGUCGGUGAAAUGUUCGCCUCCAUAAACGGUGUGGUCCGAAAUGCCAGCGACUUCAAAAAGUACAAAUUCAACACCAAAUGGCACCAGGUGGUGGUUUCCCAUGACGGGCGCUACGACAAGACGGAAAUUCUGGAGAAUCUGUUCGCCAUGCUGGAUAGUUAUGAUUUCUAUCCGUGCUACUACCGAACCUAUUCCAAGCAGGACGAGUUCUUCGUGAUCAAUUGCUACGAAGCGUUGGCAUUUUUGGUCCAGUCGAAGCUGGCGCUCAAAAUUAAGAGCAGCAACGAGUACAUUUCCAUCGUGCUCAAGAUGGACAUGGCGGAUUUCAAGGACGGCCAGGUAGUGGUGGAGGAAAAACUGAACUUUGCGCUUCAGGAUCGGUUCAACGAUCGUUGUCUGGAUUUGUGCAACUUCCAGCAGCAUUUGGACCGAAUCAAGUUUGUGGACUUUAGCGUGAAGAGCACUCGUACGUUGUCGACCAUCCUCACCUUGGCCGGCAGAAAGUACGGAAUUGCCUGUUUGAUUCUUCGUCUGCGACACAACGGAAUCCGAUCGUUGGGAGCGCUUUCGUCGUUGAUUUCCUACCCGAAGCUGAUUGCGCUGGAUUUGCGGUUCAAUGAUAUCCGUUCCUUCGACGACCUGCAGGGCGUCAUCAAGACCAAAAUCAAGGAAGUGUUCCUGGACAACAACCCGGUGUGCAAUGCGGCUGAAACCGGAAUCGAGUACAUUCGCCAAGUGCGGAAAUUCUUUCCGGCGAUGGAAAAACUGGACGGCAUCCCACUGCUGGACAAGGGAAAUGUAAACUUUUCGCAAAACUUUAUCUGCACACCGGAAGCGUACAAGUUUACCGAGUCCUUUGUCAAGCACUAUUUCUCAAUCUACGACUCGUUCCAACGGUCCAGCUUGAAGGAUCUGUACCACCCGAAGGCGCAGUUCUCGAUGACCAGCAGUUUCACUCAAUCGAAAACGAUGGAUUCCCACCAGGUGCGGCUGAAUGCAUACCAAGGCAAAAGCCGAAACCUGCUCCGUUUGGCCAACAUUGACCGAGCCAUCAGCAGUCUGGUGGUGGGUAGCGAACGCAUUGCCAACGUUCUGGUCUCGUUCCCCAAAACGGAACACGAUUUCUACUCGUUCCGCGUGGACACACCGAUCUUCCGGCCGGAAUGCGUAGUCAUCACGGUGCACGGUGCGUUCAAGGAAAUGGCCAACUCGCUCCUGAGCGAUGACUUUGUGCUGGGAUUCACGAGGACGUUUUACAUUCAACCCUGCGCCAAGGGGUUGGGCAUUUUCGAGAAGGCGAUUGAGUUCAAAAUCUACAACGAUCUGUUCCACAUGUACAACUUGACCACCUACGGGCGGGAGAACGUAUUCAAGCAUCAUGACGAGCCGGAGGUGGCGGAUCCAUUUGUCCCGCACAGCGAAGAGCGCGAAAAUACAAUUAUCGUGUUCCAGGAGCUCACCCGUCUCAAUCGUAAAUGGUGUAUGCGUUGUUUGGAAGAAUCUUCCUGGAACCUGAAGGUAGCGCUCAACAUCUUUCUCAAGCUGUACGAGGAAGAUCGCAUUCCAGAGAAUGGUUUUGAUACAACUCUGGGCCAAAAGCGUUAAGUAUAAAUUUAUGUCGUUUUAACGUUUGGUCCUAUGUUCGCGAUUGUGUAAUGGUGAACUUACUAUAAUUGUGCGUAUAUUUGCUGUAGGUGUGGUACCUCUUUAAAAAGGUUUGCAAUUUCUUCACGCUUUCAGAAUCACGUUUCGGGUACAUUUUUUUCUUUUACUGACUCAUUUUAAUACCCUCUCGAAAUUAAUUGAAAGUGUGAUGAAAUUAUGAACUUUUUGAGGUACUGGAAUAUGAAUAUGAUAAAAAUACAUUUUACAAUGGAGACAUUCAAAAA